AUGGCGGACGGAACGGCACAGCUGAUGGACAUGCUGGAUGGGUCGUGGGACGCAUCGUCGGGGGGAGGAGGAGGAUCAGGGAAAGGCUGGAUCUCGAGAGACGAGCAAGAGCGAUUUCUGCUGUCACUACUCUCUCUCGGUCUAGAUAGAGUGGCUGCAGAACCAGAACGGCUGGCAAACGAGUGCCAUGCGGUCAAGAAGGACACUGAAACACACGCAGUAAGUAAUUACAGUGCUUUUCUUCAGUCAGCAGUCUGCGUUCGGAGUGUAAGGGAGGAGCUGGAACUAAGUGGGCGACUGCUCCAUGAGUUGGCGGCUGAUGUCCCAUCGCUGCAGCGAGCUUGCGAGGAAGUAGAGGAACAUGCGAAGGCGGUGGAUUUGCUGCGAAAACAGACCCAAACAACCUGGAAGAUGCAUGCUCAGCUCCUUGAAGUACUGGAAGUUCCGCAGCUCAUGGAUACGGCUGUGAGAAAUGAGUAUUAUGAGGAAGCGCUUGAACUGGCAGCCUUUGCCCGACGCUUGCGAGCGCGGCAUCAAGAGAAUACCCUAAUUGAAUCUCUAUUUCAAGCCGUCGAACGCAGUGAGAACAACAUGCUCUAUCAACUCCUGCAAAAACUUCAGAGUCAUAUCCAACUGCCAGUCUGCCUGCAUGUGAUUGGUGUCCUCCGACGACUUGGUAGGCACAGCGAAGAAGAUCUUCGCUUUAUUUUCUUGGAAUGUAGAGACUUGUGGCUUCAGUCAGCAUUUGACGAAGCUGAGAAGUCUGGACCAGUUUAUCAAUCACUUAGCAAAAUUACAGACUUGGUAAGGGUUCAUAUCUUUGAGAUCGUCACACAAUAUCGAGCUAUUUUCUUGGAUUUCUCCUCAUCCCAGGAGAUGGAAGGAUCAGCAGAUGGAGGGCUUCUCUAUGCAUGGGCGAGCAGGAGGAUCACAAACUUCAUUUCAGUCCUCAAUCAGGGCCUACCGCGAAUCAAAGAGUGCAGUCAGAUAUCGAGUCUGCUGGACAAGGUGAUGUACUGUGGCGCGUAUUUGGGUAGGGAAGGACUUGAUUUUAGAUCGGCAGUUGGUGAAAUCUUUGAGAUGAGAAUGCUUGAGAUUAUACAGCUCUCUCUUUCGAACGCACGAGACGCAUAUGAACAAUCCUUGGCUGCACAAAAGCUCAACUCAAUGCCUGAGGCUGUCAAGACUCGCUACGAAGAGAAUGCAACAGGAGUUAUGAGUCCGCCGUCAAUCUUCUUGAAUUUUAUUCCUUUGGCACUUCUUUGCAACAAGCUGAUGGACUCUUUGAAUGAGCUUCGAGAAUGUGCAAUGAUAACAUGCAGGCAGAGGGCAACAGGCAUGAUAGUUGAAGUUCUUUGCUGCUGUGCAGAACAGACAGCAGCGAACUUUGCUGAGAUUGAGUCUUCUUUGUCCAAGGGGGAUCGCAAACACAUGGUCGACCUGGUAUCAUAGAUUGUGUUGUAUCUUCCGCUGCGCAGAUCGUUGACCUUGGAUGAAGAUCAAGACCAUGAGUGGCACUCUCGUUCCUUUCAUCCUUAACUGCGUGCAGUAUCUCUUUGGCAUCCGAGAGCAGCUAGAAAGGAUGGAUGUUCACAGCAUUACGCGGCCACUUCAGGACUUGAUCGAGAUCGAAGAGGAGGCCGAGCGAGAGGCUGCAAGACUGCUUGCUAAGCGUCAAGCUGAGGAGGAGGAGAUGAGAAAGAAGCAGGAGGAGGCGGCGGCUCUUGCAAGGCAGAAAGCUGAGGAGGAGAUUGCCGAGGCGCGUCGACGAGCAGAAGAGGCCAUUCGAGGGACAAGCGAGAAAAAUCAGGAGGAUAAAGCUGAAGACGCAGAAGAUUCAAAACAUGAACAUCAUGAAAAGAAUGGGGAUGAAGAAAAUCGUCAUGCUGCCUCUACUGAAACAGAAGGGGUCGUGUCUUCAGACGAUCUGCCGGCAGAGUUACACGAAGCAGACAAGCAUCAUUCUGACGAAAACGCAUAGAAGUCAGCCAGUCGAUCCUCAUAUCUUCUAGACAUCUUGAAAUAGAAUUUCUAAAUUUUC